ACAGCUUCAGUACUCGAAAAGACACUCGCCAACAGUGCUCGUUGUAGCAGAGAGCAGCUCUGUCGUUCUGCGAAAGAAUCACAUCACUAUCCAUUAUCAGCUUCUUUUGACAACUACUAACACUUCACAGAGAUGACUGUGGUAUAAAAUCGCACGAGGAUAUUUUCACAGCAACCCUAACAUUUUUCCUUCGGACUGACAGGAAGUUCAUGGAAGUUCACGUUUGGAAAUUAAACUCAAAAUUGUGACGCGUGGGAUACAAAAUGUGCAAACGCGCUACGGAAUUCUGUCAAGAUAAACAUUUGAGAUUGCAGAAUAAUAUUUUUGUCUCCGACACUUCUUCGAUGGUCCACAAACGAGGGAAGUCGUCUUAAGCACUAUUGAUUUUAUCUUAUGACGUCACAAGGAACUGUGCCCGCUGAAGUUCUUCGACAUUGCCUACCUGCUGGGAAGCCAUUAUUCUCAAUGUAGGCACUGGGAACGGAUCAAUGCCUCCAUUGAUGUGCAAAUUGCAGAACAGGGCUAAUCUGGUACGUCAUCCAUGAUCCAAGCAGGACCAUAUCGGCUCAAACUCUCUGGGUACCAGGCAACAGACGCCAUGAGAAAAUGUAAGACCGACUUCAGGGAACUGACACCGAGGGAUAAGGUGUGAAACCGGCGUAUUAUCGCUCCUAUGAAAGGUGGACGGCAUUUGAAGUAUCACUGUCAUGAUGAACUCUGUUAGAGGAAUCGGUUUAUGUGAGGAGGUGUUCUGAUGUGACAUUAUAUGAUCAUGAGUAAGUUGACCGUCAGUGUUCCCUCGGCCACACGUCCGGCUGUGGCCCGACAGACACUUCAAGUAGCUCUCAACCGUUCCGUACCAGCCGUGACUGAAGAAUGUGACCGGUCACUCUACACUUAUCCUGCCCAUCAACAGUCCAAGAAAUCCCGCAUGGCACCCACGAGCAGCAGCACCACGAAUGAGUUUGGUACUCGGACCCCUCGCAGUCCCUUGUCCAGGGAACCGGCUGGGACGAAAAUCGUAGACUUUGGUAAAAACGUGGAGCUGCGACCGAGGGGUCAGUUCAACGUGAGGGGCGUGGGGCAGGACGGCUUCUUUCCCCCAGUCAAGUUGAAGACGGGCACGACUGGAGUUCGUUUCUCUACAUCUGCCAGCAGCGUGAGGUCUUCGAAAACCGCUCAGCAACAGACUCCGUCCUCACCGGCAGUCUCCCCUUUGAAUGUCGAGCUUGCUCCUGCCAAAACACCGAAGUCAUUGCCCGGUGCAGAGACUGACCCACCAGGACGUGUAACUGACGACUGGCUUCCCAGUGCACGGACGGAAAACAUGGCACGGAAACAUCUGCUACAAGACCAACCAGCCAACCCUUACAACACCAGGGCUGCAGCGUCAAAGGAGAUUUUUUCUCUGAAAGGUUCAUCCCCCUCUCCGUCGGAGAAAGCCCUGAAGUCUGGGAGCAAUCUCGUCGGGUCUGGGACACAGAGUCAGGCACGGCCAAACAAGGACGCUGCCUGGGUACGCUCCUUCAAGGUGAGGCAGCGGAGGAACAACCGGGUCAAGGAAAUCCUGGAGAGUAAGCCUGCAGGACUGACGAUGGCUAGUCCCAUCAACUUCGACAGUUUUCGGUGACACGUACCAAAUUGGAUGUCAAGUUUGAAGCUUAAUUCGGUGUAAAUAAAAAGAGCGAAGAGCUGACUGUUUCCGUCCACUUUAUGCAAGGCCCGGGGCCUGCUGUAGCCCCUACCAGUGACAUCUUGAUUUUAAUUUUAACUUUCAAACAAAACGCCACAUUCACAACGCAGUUAACUUGAUUUGGCGCCAAACUGUAAAUGUGCACUGAAGUCAAACGCUGGAGGUCUUCCUCGAUGGAUCGGCCUUCUCAAAUCCUCAGAAAAGUCGAUGCAGUCAAGAAUGGUGGAUUCAUCCUUCAAAGUUCAAGGGUGUGUACAGCAUAACCGCUAUUCAUGGUAAUGCCUAGCUAGAAAUAAUUACUGCAAUAUUCAGGGUUACGACUUCAAAACGGCUUUUCGCUCCAGCUCCGCAAGAUGUUGAAUACCCGUGUAAAUUGUACAUGCUUACAGAUAAUAAAGUUUGCGAAUAGCGUAGCUGCCAACUAACAUUUCAUUUAUGUGGAACUAUUUUGAAAAAUUGCAAGUUACACGUACAUUGUACAUGAAUCAUUCCUACGUUUACUAUUGUGUUUGGGGAGUUUACACAGCUCUUCCUGAAACGGGGUGCCUUUAACCCCCCCCCCAACCCUUGAUCUAUAGGUUUUAUGUAUUCCUCAAAGAGUGGUCGAGGACAAGUGCACCAUAAAGUCAUUAUACAAGUAUUCCUUAUAUACCGCCCUCCUCCCCCAUAAGACACAGUUCAAAGCCGGCUAUUUCACAGCAGAGGGAUGGAAUCCAACCUGUCUAUACACACAGUAUGAAACAGUCACCGAACAAAAUGCAUUCCUUUCUACGAUUUUUUUUUUUCUACACAAGGUUCACUUUACAAUAUAUAACAAUUACAUGUAUAUAACAAUAUAUAACAUCGACUAAUUCAAACGUCAUGUGAACUAAAAGCCUUUGAAAUGUAUAUUAAACUUAAACCUUCAUCGUUGAUUGGAGAGCCAUCACAGGGACUGGUGAGAAGUCUAUGUUGACAUGCGUC